AUGGCUUUUUAUAAACUUGGUGAUCCUCAAAUAAUUCAAUGUGAUAACGAAAAAGAAUUUAGAAAUUUUUGUUUGAUUGAUUUUUGUAAGGAAAAAAACAUUGUUCUGAUACAUGGAAGGCCGGGACAUUCACAAAGCCAAGGUCAAAUCGAACGAUUUAAUUUAGCGCUAACACGUUAUUUGCAAAAGCAUCUGUGUGAUGGUGUGUUUACUGCCGGCAAAAACUGGCUGGAAAUUUUAGAUAAGAAGACUUAUGAGUACAAUGUGGCGAUACAUUCUGCAACCAAUAAGUCCCAUUUAAUUUAUUUUUUGGUAGAAGCGAGUUCACUACUAUAA